CUAUGCAACGAUGGUUCCCAAUUUAAGAAACUGGAAAAAAGGUGCUGUUCGACCCUCCCUAAAUUGUGUCAUCAAAUCUUUAAGAAAUCUUUUUUCUGACGCAGCAUGUGAUAAAAAAAUCUCUCCUAUCUUCAUUCCCUUCACUAUCUUCCUAUCUUUUUCAACACAAGUCUCAUAUCGGAGUUUCUAUUAUACUCUUGAAAAACCCCUCUCAAUCCAUCCCAAAAUGAAGCCAGAUUCAUUCAAAAUCUACCACCAGAAAUCAUCACGGAGAUCUUGUUAAGACUACCUGUUGUAAGCAUUCCAAUAAGCAAAUGUGUUUGCAAGCGAUGGCUCCAUCUGCUGGAGUCUGAUGCAUUUGUCAAGUCUCAUUUUGCCAGAUCCGCCCCCGCCCUAGCUGUUUUGAGGUAUUCAGGUGGGUUGAAAGUUUUGGAAUUGGAAGGCGAGCUCGAUCUCCAUCUCGAUCCACUCACCCAGUAUGAUUUCCCUUACUACCAGCAAGCAAAUAUAUACAGUUCUGUUAAUGGUUUUCUUAUUCUAAGGAAUUGUGGUUAUGAUGCUCUAAUGGUGGUUGUUGAUUGGCUUUCCGUAUGUAAUCCGAUCACUCGUGAAGUUAUUAAGCUGGCUCUGCCUUCAAAGCCAGAACUACCUUCAGAUGGAGUAGCUGCUGUUGGAUUUGGGGCAAGCAAAAUCACUGGCCGAUACAAGGCGGUCUGUAUUAAACUUGUGCCCUAUGAUCAUAAAUUAGACUGUCAUGUAUACACUCUUGGAACAGGAUCAUGGAGACGCCUUGAAGAAUGUUUUAGCUUCUUUAAUGCUCCUCCCUAUCUUGCUCAAGGAUUGCCCUUCAUAAAAGGAAUGUCCAUGUCUGCUUUGAGCGGUUGCCUAUGGUUUUGCAAGGUAGCAUCCGAAUAUGAAAAUGAUGGUGGGCGACGUGAGCUUACUAUAUGGAUUAUGAAGGAAUAUGGAGUGGACGAAUCUUGGAGCAAGGAAUAUGUGAUCCCCCUUGAUGGCUUGAGGUCUGUUCAUCCCAUCAAAGUUUUCGAAAAUGGCGACCUAUUGAUGUUAGUGACGGUACGCUUUCCAAAGCGCCUUUUCUACUACUCUAACAAGAAUAAGACUAUGCAAAGGAUUGAUUUGUUUGGUGCAGGCCCUGACAGUGUCGAGUGUGGGCUUUUCACUCCCACCCUUGUUUCACUCAAAACUUUAGGUUUAGGUGUGGAGAAUGUAAUCUCAUUCUGAUUGUUUGCAUUUUCAUAAUGCUACCAUCAACUAAAUGUAUGUUUGAAGAUUGAGUUAUUAAUGAAGGAAACUAUCCUAUAUAUGUAAAAGAAAAUUAUGGUUCCUUUGGUACAUUUCUUAGUGGCAAUGAUGUUGCUCCUGCUUGUAUAGUUUGAGGGAUUACCUGUGUUUUUUUGUGAUGAUUUAUCUGAUGAUGAGAUUGUUGUCUGUUAUAUAUGGAUUUAUGCA